GUGAGGGAGGAGCUGGGACAAAAACCUCUCGUCAGGGAGCAGCCGCCUCUGUUGUCUGUAAUUAUCACUGACGCGAAGGCGCGCGUUGCUGGUGGAAUUUCGGCAGAUGUGGGGCGAGAGACCCUUCCCGCUGCUCUGACAAGUGCGGUGCUGCGGGAUGGGUAGGAAACAUUGCCCUGCAGAUUAGUUGGGAUUUAUUAAGUUGUCUUUUUUUUUUUUUUAAUAAUUAAAAAAAAGGAAAACCCUACAGGGAAGACCACAAAUGGAUGUGAUGCUGCGCAGCAGUUUCCACCCGGAUGUGUGAAGUUGUGUAGAUGUGGUCGGCAUCCCUAAGAGUGGGGCAGGGUGUGCAGAUCAAGCUCUGAGAAGACAGCCUUGGACGGGCUGGUCCAGCGUGCUGAAAACUACUUGGGCUCCCGAGUGGAUUGCAACCCCACCAGGACCAUGAGUGAGGAGGCCGCGCCCGAGGCUGCCUCCCCGCCGCCCCCGCAGGGGCAGCCUUACUUUGAGCGGUUCUCGGAGGAUGACCCCGAGUACAUGCGCCUCCGCAGCCGUGCGGGGGACCUGCGGCAGGACUUCAGCCUGAUGGAGCAGAAGAAGCGCGUCACCAUGAUCUUGCAGAGCCCGUCUUUCAGGGAGGAGCUGGAAGGCCUCAUCCAGGAGCAGAUGAAGAAGGGCAACAACUCCUCCAACAUCUGGGCCCUGCGGCAGAUCGCGGACUUCAUGGCCAGCACCUCCCACGCUGUCUUUCCGACAUCUUCCAUGAACUUCUCUGUGAUGACGCCCAUCAACGACCUCCACACGGCAGACUCCCUGAACCUGGCCAAGGGCGAGCGGUUCAUGCGGUGCAAGAUCAGCAGCGUCUACCGGCUCCUGGACCUCUACGGCUGGGCCCAGCUGAGCGACACCUACGUCACGUUGAGAGUCAGCAAGGAGCAGGACCACUUCCUAAUUAGCCCUAAGGGGGUUUCUUGCAGUGAAGUCACGGCAUCUAGCCUGAUCAAGGUGAACAUCCUGGGGGAGGUUGUGGAGAAGGGCAGCAGCUGCUUCCCAGUGGACACCACAGGCUUCUGCCUGCACUCGGCCAUCUAUGCAGCCAGACCCGACGUGCGCUGCGUCAUCCACCUGCACACCCCGGCCACAGCGGCGGUGUCGGCCAUGAAGUGGGGCCUCCUGCCCGUCUCCCACGAUGCCCUGCUGGUGGGGGACAUGGCCUAUUACGACUUCAACGGGGAAAUGGAGCAGGAAGUGGAUCGUAUCAACCUGCAGAAGUGCCUUGGACCCACCUGCAAGAUCCUGGUGCUAAGAAACCAUGGAGUGGUUGCUCUAGGUGACACCGUAGAGGAGGCGUUUUAUAAGGUCUUCCACCUGCAGGCUGCAUGUGAGAUCCAGGUGUCCGCUCUGUCCAGCGCCGGGGGAGUGGAGAACCUCAUCCUCCUGGAGCAGGAGAAGUACCGGCCCCACGAGGUGGGCUCCGUGCAAUGGGCGGGGAGCACCUUCGGGCCCAUGCAGAAGAGCCGGCUGGGGGAGCACGAGUUUGAGGCCCUCAUGAGGAUGCUGGACAACCUGGGUUACAGAACAGGCUACCCGUACCGUCACCCCUUUGUUCAAGAGAAAACCAAACACAAAAGUGAGGUGGAGAUCCCAGCCACCGUCACGGCCUUCGUGUUUGAGGAGGAUGGCGUCCCGGUCCCCGCGCUGCGGCAACAUGCCCAGAAACAGCAAAAGGAGAAGACCCGCUGGCUCAACACUCCCAACACCUACCUGCGGGUCAACGUGGCCGAUGAGGUCCAGAGGAGCAUGGGCAGCCCCCGGCCCAAGACCACGUGGAUGAAGGCUGAUGAGGUGGAGAGAUCCAGCAGUGGCAUGCCAAUACGGAUUGAAAACCCAAACCAAUUUGUGCCUCUCUAUACCGAUCCUCAAGAAGUGCUGGACAUUCGGAACAAGAUUCGAGAACAAAACCGGCAAGAUGUGAAGUCGGCAGGUCCUCAGUCCCAGCUCCUGGCCAGCGUCAUCGCGGAGACGAGCCGAAGCCCGUCUACAGAGAGCCAGCUGAUGUCCAAGGGUGACGCAGAUACCAAAGACGAUUCAGAGGAGACGGUGCCCAACCCCUUCAGCCAACUCACUGACCAGGAGCUGGAGGAGUAUAAGAAAGAGGUGGAAAGGAAGAAACUAGAACUUGACGGAGAGAAAGAAGCUUCCACGGAAGGGCCUGGCUCGCCUGUGAAGUCUGCACCUGCUUCUCCAGCACAGAGCCCGGUGAAGGCAGAGACCAAAAGCCCCGUGGUGUCUCCGUCCAAGGCUUCAGAGGAAGGUGCUGAGGAAACGGAAACAAGCAAAGCCACUACAGAGCCCGAAACGACCCAGCCAGAAGGGGUGGUGGCCAAUGGGAGGGAGGACGAGCAGACCGCAGAGGAAAUCCUCAGUAAAGGCCUGAGCCAGAUGACCACCAAUGCCGACACAGAUGUGGAUACCUCCAAGGACAAAACCGAGUCGGUCACCAGCGGCCCCAUGUCCCCAGAGGGCUCACCUUCCAAAUCUCCCUCCAAGAAGAAAAAGAAAUUCCGAACCCCAUCUUUCCUGAAAAAGAGCAAAAAGAAGGAGAAAGUGGAGUCCUGAUUGGUGGCACUCUCAGGCUCCCAUCUGCAUCUUCUCUCUUCCCCUUCCCUUCUCCCAUCUGUGUCCCUGACAGCACAGGGCUAAUGAGAGAUAGAAUAGGAUCCUGGAUCACACUCAGAGUGGGGACUUAGAGGUCAUCCAACCAACCCCUCAUUUUACAAUUGCCUCAAAGAAAUCAGGGGACUUGCCCAAGGUCACACAGCUAAUUAGCGGCAGAGUCUGCACUAGAAUUCAGGUCUCCUGACUCCCAGUCCAGUGCUCUCUCCACUACACAACACUGCCUAGUUGUGGGCCACCUUUGUGCCCACCAGUCUGAGCCCAGGGCAAGAAGGCCAGACAUGGGCCACAAGCUCUCACAGGCUCAGACCAAAUUGGAGAGGUCGAGUCUUCCCCUGAGCAAGAUCCACUUUCUUUGCAGGAACUCAAUCUCCUGCUGAUGGAGUUAUCAACAUGUUUAGAAAUCUGUCUUCCUUUUUCCUCCCUGCUACUCAAAGUAACCAGACAAGUUGAUCUGUUACCUAUAACAGAAAUUAAUCUUUACUCCCAAGGGCUGAUGGCUUAGCUUGUACACCCCCAACCACUGACCCUGAGCUUUCUUCAUGGAACCUCUCGAAUGAUAGAAGAAUUGUAAGAGUUGGCAGACACAAGGGCAAGCUGAGUAGAAGAAGGAUUGGAGAUGGUUUAAUUAAUAUGAGAAGCCAAGAAUUUGACCCAUUCAAAUUGUGCAUCUCAGGUGCUUCAAAUCUAAAACCAAAUUUAGUGUAGAAAGAAGUUGUCUCAUGCCCAGGGCAGAAAUUUGGGGAAAUUUAGAUCCUCUGUUGGCUUUGAGUUUUACAAGGAGGAUCAAAACAGAGGAAAAGGCCAUGCCCUUCCAAGCUUUGCAUGACACACAGAGAGAUGUGCUCUAGCUGCCUCGCUCCAGCCCAGCAGUCUGCCCAGAAGUCAGGUGUCCCUGACCUUCCUCAAAACCCAAAACCAUUUGCUCAUAGACCAGAACCAGUGUCCUCCUACCCUUGGGCACCUUGAGCUGGGCUCCUCUGGGGUUCUGACUCUGAGUCACUCUGGGACUAGCAGAGGAUCAGAGACGAGCCCUUCAAGAUUGACCCUCUUGGACCAGUUAUCAGAGAAAUGCUUGGUGUCCCCAGCCCCGUCACUAUCUUACCAUCUGGGGCCUGGUAAGAGCCACAGCUUUUGUUUUAAAUGCCAAAGCUGUGUUUUCAUAUUCUUCUGUGGGGCAUUGAUUAAUGAGCAGUGUUGGCUCCUAAAAAUUAGACAAUCCAUUCUCUCUAAGGCACAAUGUCUUCAAAGACAAUUUUUUCCCUUUUUGUUCUGAUUAUUGUAAAAAUGUUUUUGAGAGCUUUUAAUUAGUUUUCCAUUUUUUUUGAGCACUUGCUAUGCAUAGGCACUAUGCCUAUACACUACAUACAUUAAAUCCUUUAAUCUUCACCGUGUCAUUUGAGGUGGGAAUGACCAGUCCCAUCUUACGGGUGAGGAAACCGAGGCCCCAAAAGGAUAAUUAACUUGUCCCAGGUGACAUGGUUAGUAAGAGCUGGGGCUAGACCAGGUCAGCUUUGCUCUUAACAGCUGUGGUGACUAGAAAAUGUUAGUUGCCUAGGGUGGUUCAGAAUCCAUUUCUGUGACUGGUCUCCACUCCAUAAUGUUAGCACUUGAACUUGAAAUGAAGGUAGGAAACUAUCUGUGCUCACCAUCAUCAGUGCAUGUGAAGCUCAUGGUUAACGUGGAGUGUGGUCAUUCCGUUGUGGACCUCUGACAAAGGAGAGGCAAGAGCCUUUUGGCUAGGGCAACAGAUACCAUCCAUGGUUGGGCUAUUUCUUGAGAAGGAAGGAAAUGAUAUAUGACUAAGGAAAACCCAAUUUUCUUCCUCUCUCUCUAGCACAGAGUCCUAACUGUUACCCCAUGCCUUCUCUGUUCCACUUCCUGACUGGGUCAAGUCUUGGGAUGGACAACCCCAUGUCAGGAGCACCGAUGCCACAGAAAAAUCUAUGAUAAGGGCAAUACCUAUAAACGCCAAUCCUUUGAUGCCUUCUUUAAAAAAUAGAUUUCACGUUCGUUAUUCAUUCAUCCAUCACAAUCUUUGUUAAGCAUCCACUAAGCAUCAGGCAUUAUGCUGACAUCAAAACCAUUGUGACAAGAAUAAGUGGUAAGCAAUGUUAGGAGGGUGGAGUGGAUGCCACCACUGACGUAGCUUCUUGUGUUUGGCUGUAGAUCAGAGAUGUCAUCAAUGGACUUCUCGCAUUCCACAAAUGCUCUUUACUCCCUUUACAACAGCGAGGCCUCAUUUAAAAAUGCUGGAGCCUUGCUGGAGCAGCACUCUUGGAAUUUAUGCCAUGGGUUUAUUGUGUAUUUAUGAAAUUGUUCAUUCCUCAUGCAUUUAAAAAAAUGCAUUGAACUUAGCUCUUGGGCAGCCAGGUGCGAAGAUAGGACACAGUUCCUGCCCUCAAGAAGUUCAUAAGUGUAGGGGGAAUGUAGACAAAUUGCAAAACAGGCACAGGUUAUCUUGAGGGCCAGAGAAACCUUCCUGAGAGAAGUGAUGGCAGAGUUAGGUUUUCAGAACAAAGAGUGCUGGGAAGACAUUCAGUGAUGAGGUGCAUGUCCAAGGGCAUAUGGAAGCAUGCGACACCAUGAUGUGUUCUUGGUGCAUAACACAUGAGGCAGGGUGGUGGUUUGUUUCAGAAGGAGAUGGGGUUGGGUUGUAAGGAAACUUGUAUGAAGUAUGGAGGAGCUGGACAGUAUUGUGUAAGGGAUGUGGAGUUGCUGAGGGUUUUUAAUCAGGGUAGAGUCAUGCCCAGACUUGCCCUUUACAAAAAUCUCUUUGGUGGCUGAAUAGAGAAUGGAUUGGAGAGGCUGGGUUGGGAGAUCUCAUCAGGAGGCUGACAGGAAACAUCAGUACUAAGACAUUUUUGAUGGCCUGCCUUACACGAAGUUUUCCUUUAUAGCAAAUAGUUUCCACGCAGAAUCUGUUUCCAUAAAAUGCUUUGGAUAAAGCAUUUUGAGAGAGACUUGUGACAAGGAGAAGGAAAAAUUCAGAGAGCUAAUGUUUAGUGCACAGUUUCUGGUCCUAUUUAGUCUUGAUGUAGAAUUGUUGGGAGAGAUGUUACUGAGUGAUUCUGCAGGUUUCUUCCCUUUACCCAUAGGAUGUGGUGUGCUUAGUUAGCUCCAGGCUUGAGGAUACGCAGUCCAAACAAAACCACAGGCUUUUAGAGUGAGAGAAAGGGGCAUUUUCUUUUGGCUCUAGGUAAAAGUUGGAUGAAGGCUUUGACUAGUAUUGGUCUGGAGAAAAUGUAUGUAUGAAGGAUUCAGAAUUGGUCGGCAGUAGCUUCAUUUCUAGUAAAGCCAUGGUGCUUGGAUAUGCAGCAGGAAGGGGAUGGGAAAAUUUGAGCCAAUUUGCUCUGGAGUUGCACCAUGGCUGGCUAAGCUGGGAAUAAGAGAGGGUUCUGAGCUGGUUUCUGAAUCAGUUUCCGUGAGGAGGCAGGCUGCAGGUGGGGAGGCUGAGAUGGUUAGAAAGAGAGAAGCUUGGCUCUGCUGGCAGCCAGCAGUGAUACGGGAAAACCAUCCAUACCAUGUGCCCUUUGCCCAAACUUUGCAAAAGUGCUGUCAAGAGACAGCCCCACUAGCCCAAAUCUGUGUUCCAUAAGAGCCUCUGGCCUGCAGGUGACUCAGACAAUUGUCCUACCCCAGCCAGGUUGCACAUAGAUAAAAAUGAGCACCCUACCCCAACACUCCUACAAUUUAAAAUGGGGUCCUUCCUCUGCAGACAGGUAAGUUAUUUUUAAAGGUAUUGGGGGAUUUGGAUGAGGUGCCUGCUGUGAAGCCUGCCACAUUCCACUGAUUUGUAUGCUGGGCCUUGGGUACUGUUUCUUGUGUAACCCUGUGCCACUCGUGCAUGAUAAUGUGGCAAGACAGUCACACAGAUGUUAUUUGGGACUGUUGUAGCAGAGGCUACUGCUCUUGUCCACAUGGGAAGAAAUGCUGUGGCUUUAGAAAAACCACUCACCCAGCAGCACAGUUCGCUUCUGAGAGUCAAAAAGAUUAAAAUGUGGAUUUUUCCAUGGAUACAUGCACAAGGAUUGAGAUACAGCCUGCCAUAGACAUGUAUGUCAUGCUUUUGCACAGCAUGAAUUUUAUAGUCCUGGGCCAAGUGUAUUCAGAGUAUGGCUGUUGAAUAUGUGAGAACACAUUUUACCUGUCCGUCAUUUACACAGGUGGGUCAACAGGAGCCCUUGAGUUGGUGCCAUUAUAAUUGACUCUCUGAACAUAGAAGAAACAGGUCUUCUCACAUCUUCUGUCACCAUUUGAGCCCAACCAGACUCUUUAAGUCAAUAAAAUUCAAGAGUCCGAGAAGAAACGAGGUAGGGGAUAAAUUUAUUCACUCCCACAGACAGGACAAGACACCACUCAAUUUGAAACCUGAUGAGACUCCAUAUCAUCACCGUCCCACAUCUAUUCUGGGAGGAAUAACUUAAUACAAGAAGUAUUAAGUUCUUGUAUUAAAUUAUUACUACAAGAGGCCUGAACUGACUCUAAAUUUAUGGAAUAUGUUCUUUGCUUAUUCAUCCGUGCACAAGACCACUUGUGCCACAAUAUGAAGAAGCAUAACAAUAGCAGCAUAGUCUAGUCAACCAAACUACUCGGACAUGGCACAAUUCUUGCCAGAAAUCACUACGCACAUGCAGAGCCUGUCACUUAAGCACUCCAACUCUCUUUUAUCAAUGUGGGCAUCUCAGGCAAGUGUCCUUUAGAGGAGAAAGCUCCUGUCGUCACUUCUAUAUGGACAGUUCCCUUGAGAAGUUAGGCUUCUCUUUUAGGAACAACCAGAAGGAAUCUCCAGGUAGUGGGUUUCUACACACACACACACACACACACACACUCUCUCACAGAUUUGCACUGGUUCAUCCUUAGGGGGUAUUAGGUUUUGUCAAAUUGGUGUUUGGUGCCACUUAAAACUUUCCCCAGAAGCUGGGUCAUCAUGAUGAGAAACUGGGCUUGAAGAUGGAGGAGGAAUGAUCACUAUUAUUGAUUCGGGGCAGGUCUUGGAUGUGGCUGGAGUCAGAGCUGUGGUGUGGGCAGGUGCUGUCGGCUCUCCCAGGUUAGUCAGUAUCCUUGGCUCCUCUUUUCACCCACUGUUUCCCAAGCAGCAGGACAAAGCCAGUUGUGGCAUAGCAGAUCCCUUAUCGCUAAGUAGUAUUAAAAAAAAAAAAGCUAUGAGAGAUUAGGGGGUGAUGAGAGAAUAACUGUAGAAAAAUCCUAAACUCUACUCCCCUCCAGCAAAUCAUCUUGUAUACCUUUUGGAAGCCCAAAGGUCAGAUCUUCCCUUUAAAAGUGAGUUCAGAAGGAGGAUGACAGUUAGAAAACAUCAAAGCCCCUUAGAAAAUGGGAGUUUAUCUUGGGGUACACUGCUCCCAUAUUUCAGCUCCACCUUAUGUCUGUUGGUCCUGCUUUGUGGGUGAUUGGUGUUCGUGGGCUGCUUCACUUUUAAAUUCCUAUGCUAUGACUGCUGAGUCCCAGCAUUUGCUCCCUCCCAGGAAAUGGCCGAGGUGGGGAGAAGAGUUCAGAGCCUGGGCUCGCCUGGCCCAGGGUGAGGGAAUCCAGUCUAGGUGGAGUGCAGUGUUCUUCUCUAAAGCUGUUGGAUGGUUUCAGUGAGAUGUCUCUGUCUGGCAGUCGUCACGCACAAGUACUACUUAACUGUCUUCCCUUGUACAUACAUUGUCUGUGUUUAGCUUUUCUGAGUAUUGUGAGGUUUCAAUUAGGGGUUCCAUGUAAAUAUGCUUUCUGCUUCCGAAAGACCAGCUUCCUGAUCAUGUAUCAUCCCAAUAACGGCUUUGCCUUUCUUUCCGCUAAUACUUUUUGAGCCACUGACGUGCGGAUUGAUAGUCUCUUGGGCUUUUAUUCUGCAAUUUUAUAAAUACACACACUUAUAUAUAUUUAUGUGUUGGUUUUGUAUAGUUUUCAGUUUGAAUCUCUGAGCACCAAAGCUGCCUGUUGAUUUUCAAGAGAACUUUCCAAAGCCACCUCCUGAACCCUUUUGCUGCUUUGGUGUCUGACUGUGUUGCUGGGGUGGGUUCCUCUGCCCGUGGAUUUCUGUAUGUAUGUGCUGUUAUCUCAUCUGCAGAUAAUGCCCUAGUAAAUCUAACAUGCUUGGC